CUUCGGAAAAAACUCCACAUUUUCUUCCAAUCUCAAAAAGUCAAAAGUCCUUCCUUUUAUUUCUUUUAAUUUUUAUUUUCGCAAUUUUAUUUCCAUUUUUCCUCCCGAUAAUCUCGUUUCAGUGUUUUUAAUUUUUAUUUUCUAGAAAAAAAAAUGGAAUUAUACACAGAUUUGAAAGGAAAAUCAUAGAACGGAUUCUUGGGUUUUCGUUUAGGGUUAGGGUUUUCGAUCGAUCUGUUUGGAUUUUCUCGGGGAUUUGGGAAGAGGGAAUAUGGGUGCAGACGGUGAUUCAAGCGAGACUAGAGUCGUCGGCAAUGGAGGAGGGGAAGGAGAAGGAGACGGAGACGGAGGAGUGAUGAUUAACAUUCGGUGCUCGAAUGGUACCAAGUUUUCGGUGAGGACGAGCCUGGAUUCUGCGGUUGGAUCGUUCAAGGCUGUUUUGUCUCAGAAUUGUGAUGUCCCAGCUGAUCAGCAACGGUUGAUUUACAAGGGUCGUAUCUUGAAGGAUGAACAAACCCUUGAAAGCUAUGGUCUACAGGCUGAUCACACAGUCCACAUGGUUCGUGGUUUUGCCCCAGCUUCAUCCACACCUCCUGCAGCUGCAACAAAUGCUGGAAGCCCUAACACUGCCCCAGCUGUCACAAGGGGUGUUGGUUCCAAUGUAGGUGGGGGCUUGGGAGGUCCUGGUCUAGGGGCACCUCUAUUCCCUGGACUUAAUUCGCUAGGUGGUACUGGAGCAUCUGGUUUAUUUGGAGCUGGAUUGCAAGAGUUUGAACAAGUACAACAACAACUGACUCAGAACCCCAACAUGAUGAGAGAUAUAAUGAACAUGCCGGCUAUGCAGAGCUUGAUGAAUAACCCUGAGUUGAUGCGUAGCUUGAUAAUGAGCAAUCCUCAAAUGCGUGAGAUCAUUGAUCGGAAUCCAGAGCUUGGGCAUAUACUUAAUGAUCCCAGCAUUCUUCGUCAGACAUUAGAUGUUGCCAGGAACCCUGAACUAAUGCGUGAAAUGAUGCGCAAUACCGAUAGGGCAAUGAGUAAUAUUGAAUCCUCUCCAGAGGGAUUUAACAUGCUCAGGCGUAUGUAUGAGAAUGUUCAGGAACCAUUCUUGAAUGCUACAACGAUGGGCAAUAGUGGAAACAAUUUAGGUUCAAACCCAUUUUCAGCUCUCUUAGGGAACCAAGGUGGGCCACAAGCUAGGGAUGCAUCCAACACCCCUUCAACCACAGGCUCUGAAACAACUGGAGGACACCCUGCUGCUCCAAAUUCAAACCCACUUCCUAAUCCUUGGAAUAAUAUUGGUGCUGGUGGGGGAACCCAGACAAACAGUACAGCAAGGUUAAAUCCUGCUUUGGAUGCAAGUGCAACAGGUAUUGGUAGUCUGGGAGGGCUUGCUUUUUCAGAUAUGGGACAUAUGCUUAAUGGAACACCAGAUGCUGCCCAGUUGGCUCAGUUAUUGCAAAAUCCUGCCAUAUCACAGUUGAUGCAGAACCUUCUCUCAAAUCCCCAAUACAUGAAUCAGAUGCUCAAUCUCUAUCCCCAGUUACGUGGAAUGGUUGAUUUAAAUCCUCAAAUGAGAGAAAUGAUGCAAAAUCCAGAGCUACUUCGUCAGUUAUUUUCCCCUGAGACAAUGCAGCAAAUGUUAGCUUUACAGCAAUCAUUUCUGUCCCAGCUUAAUCGGCAGCAGUCAACCCAGGAUUCAGCACAGACAGGAGCAACUACAGGAACUCCUAAUAAUGCUGGGCUGGAGAUGUUGAUGAACAUGUUUGGUGGUCUUGGAGCUGGAAGCUUGAGUGCUCCCAACCAACCCAAUGUUCCCCCAGAAGAACUAUAUGCAACUCAGCUAUCACAGCUUCAAGAAAUGGGUUUCCCCGACACACAAGAGAAUAUUAGGGCACUGCGUGCAACUGGUGGAAAUGUCCAUGCUGCGGUAGAGCGACUUCUAGGAAACCUCGGCCAGUAAUCCUUCACAGGUCAUCCUGUUACAUUUAACAAAGAAAUCUCAUAUGGACAUGUACGAUUAAUUUUUUCGGCUUGGUGCCUUUGGAUACCACGGAGAAUGGGCACCAUCACAUACCUGUGAACUUGUGGAUACAGGCUUAUUCUCCCCCCUCCUUGUUAUGUACAUACAGGAUAUCAUUAUUUUCCAAAUUUUAAGUACUUUUGGUGAAAAGUUUUAAGUACUUUGUAGAUCCAUGUGUUGUGUCAUGAAUUAUCUGUUAUUUUACCGAGUUUAUUAUUAUGUGAUUUUGUUGGAAACUUAAAAAAAGAAUGUAUUUUUG